AUGCAAAUUGCCAUCAUACAGGCAGCAGACUUUGUGAAAAUUAAUAUUUGUGUAAUUCUCAAAACAUUUGGCCACGACUGUAUGUGUGUGUGUGUGUAUGUGUUGACUGUAAUUGUUAGGUUGGUAAUAGGGGAAAGGUUGACUGUAAUUGUUAGGUUGGUAAUAGGGGAAAGGUUGGCUGUAAUUGUUAGGUUGGUAAUAGGGGAAAGGUUGACUGUAAUUGUUAGGUUGGUAAUAGGGGAAAGGUUGACUGUAAUUGUUAGGUUGGUAAUAGGGGAAAGGUUGACUGUAAUUGUUAGGUUGGUAAAAGGGAAAAGGUUGACUUUAAUUGUUAGGUUGGUAAUAGGGGAAAGGUUGACUGUAAUUGUUAGGUUGGUAAUAGGGGAAAGGUUGACUGUAAAUGUUAGGUUGGUAAUGGGGGAAAGGUUGACUGUUAUUGUUAGGUUGGUAAUGGGGGAAAGGUUGACUGUAAUUGUUAGGUUGGUAAAAGGGAAAAGGUUGAAUGUAAUUGUUAGGUUGGUAAUAGGGGAAAGGUUGACUGUAAAUGUUAGGUUGGUAAUGGGGGAAAGGUUGACUGUUAUUGUUAGGUUGGUAAUGGGGGAAAGGUUGACUGUAAUUGUUAGGUUGGUAAUAGGGAAAAGGUUGACUGUAAUUGUUAGGUUGGUAAUAGGGGAAAGGUUCACUGUAAAUGUUAGGUUGGUAAUGGGGGAAAGGUUGACUGUAAUUGUUAGGUUGGUAAAAGGGAAAAGGUUGACUUUAAUUGUUAGGUUGGUAAAAGGGGAAAGGUUGACUGUUAUUGUUAGGUUGGUAAUAGGGGAAAGGUUGACUGUAAAUGUUAGGUUGGUAAUGGGGGAAAGGUUGACUGUUAUUGUUAGGUUGGUAAUGGGGGAAAGGUUGACUGUAAUUGUUAUAGGGAAAAGGUUGACUGUAAUUGUUAGGUUGGUAAUAGGGGAAAGGUUGACUGUAAUUGUUAGGUUGACUGUAAUUGUUAGGUUGGUAAUAGGGGAAAGGUUGACUGUAAUUGUUAGGUUGGUAAUAGGGAAAAGGUUGACUGUAAUUGUUAGGUUGGUAAUAGGGGAAAGGUUGACUGUAAUUGUUAGGUUGACUGUAAUUGUUAGGUUGGUAAUAGGGGAAAGGUUGACUGUAAAUGUUAGGUUGGUAAUAGGGAAAAGGUUGACUGUAAUUGUUAGGUUGGUAAUAGGGGAAAGGUUGACUGUAAUUGUUAGGUUGACUGUAAUUGUUAGGUUGGUAAUAGGGGAAAGGUUGACUGUAAUUGUUAGGUUGGUAAUAGGGGAAAGGUUGACUGUAAUUUUUAGGUUGGUAAUAGGGGAAAGGUUGACUGUAAUUGUUAGGUUGGUAAUAGGGGAAAGGUUGACUGUAAUUGUUAGGUUGGUAAAAGGGGAAAGAUUGACUGUAAUUGUUAGGUUGGUAAAAGGGGAAAGGUUGACUGUAAUUGUUAGGUUGGUAAUAAGGGAAAGGUUGACUGUAAUUGUUAGGUUGGUAAUAGGGGAAAGGUUGACUGUAUUUGUUAGGUUGGUAAAAGGGAAAAGGUUGACUUUAAUUGUUAGGUUGGUAAUAGGGGAAAGGUUGACUGUAAUUGUUAGGUUGGUAAUAGGGGAAAGGUUGACUGUAAAUGUUAGGUUGGUAAUGGGGGAAAGGUUGACUGUUAUUGUUAGGUUGGUAAUGGGGGAAAGGUUGACUGUAAUUGUUAGGUUGGUAAUAGGGAAAAGGUUGACUGUAAUUGUUAGGUUGGUAAUAGGGGAAAGGUUGACUGUAAUUGUUAGGUUGGUAAUAGGGGAAAGGUUGACUGUAAUUGUUAGGUUGGUAAUAGGGAAAAGGUUGACUGUAAUUGUUAGGUUGGUAAUAGGGGAAAGGUUGACUGUAAUUGUUAGGUUGACUGUAAUUGUUAGGUUGGUAAUAGGGGAAAGGUUGACUGUAAUUGUUAGGUUGGUAAUAGGGGAAAGGUUGACUGUAAUUGUUAGGUUGGUAAUAGGGGAAAGGUUGACUGUAAUUGUUAGGUUGGUAAAAGGGGAAAGGUUGACUGUAAUUGUUAGGUUGGUAAUAGGGGAAAGGUUGACUGUAAUUGUUAGGUUGGUAAAAGGGGAAAGGUUGACUGUAAUUGUUAGGUUGGUAAUAGGGGAAAGGUUGACUGUAAUUGCUAGGUUGGUAAAAGGGGAAAGGUUGACUGUAAAUGUUAGGUUGGUAAUGGGGGAAAGGUUGACUGUUAUUGUUAGGUUGGUAAUAGGGGAAAGGUUGAGUGUAAUUGUUAGGUUGGUAAAAGGGGAAAGGUUGACUGUAAUUGUUAGGUUAGGUUGGUAAAAGGGGAAAGGUUGACUGUAAUUGUUAGGUUGGUAAUAGGGGAAAGGUUGAGUGUAAUUGUUAGGUUGGUAAAAGGGGAAAGGUUGACUGUAAUUGUUAGGUUAGGUUGGUAAAAGGGGAAAGGUUGACUGUAAUUGUUAGGUUGGUAAUAGGGGAAAGGUUGACUGUAAUUGUUAGGUUGGUAAAAGGGGAAAGGUUGACUGUAAUUGUUAGGUUGGUAAUAGGGGAAAGGUUGAGUGUAAUUGUUAGGUUGGUAAAAGGGGAAAGGUUGACUGUAAUUGUUAGGUUGGUAAUAGGGGAAAGGUUGACUGUAAUUGUUAGGUUGGUAAUAGGGGAAAGGUUGACUGUAAUUGCUAGGUUGGUAAAAGGGGAAAGGUUGACUGUAAAUGUUAGGUUGGUAAUGGGGGAAAGGUUGACUGUUAUUGUUAGGUUGGUAAUAGGGGAAAGGUUGAGUGUAAUUGUUAGGUUGGUAAAAGGGGAAAGGUUGACUGUAAUUGUUAGGUUAGGUUGGUAAAAGGGGAAAGGUUGACUGUAAUUGUUAGGUUGGUAAUAGGGGAAAGGUUGAGUGUAAUUGUUAGGUUGGUAAAAGGGGAAAGGUUGACUGUAAUUGUUAGGUUGGUAAUAGGGGAAAGGUUGACUGUAAUUGUUAGGUUGGUAAUAGGGGAAAGGUUGACUGUAAUUGUUAGGUUGGUAAUGGGGGAAAGGUUGACUGUAAUUGUUAGGUUGGUAAUAGGGGAAAGGUUGACUGUAAUU